AUGCUCGAGCAGCUGGAGAAGCCGUGGCUGAGUUGCUGGCAAGAGGUUGACCGUCUCCCCUUGGAUGCUCUUCAGACGCUCUUGUCGGCGUUAGCACGUCUGCCGUUUUCGGUGGCAUCAAUCGCACGUGCUUCACUUCCUGCAAUCAGCAAAGCAGUGAGUGCGCUACUCACUCAAGCGACGCAGGCUGACGAGACUGCAUUGGAUGGGAACGACGAUACGCUUGAAAGCGCAGUGCUAGUAGAACGAGUUGUGACGAGACUAUUAAAGGCAACGUGGGACUUAAAGCGAGAGGAUGUAAAAGACGCACUAGACGAGAUGGUUGCUCUAGCAGAUGCGAGUCUGAAUAUUCGACUGAAAACGUAUCGACCCGUGCGAAGUCGGUUGGCGGCGUUACUAAGUGAGAUGGAGAAGCCGUGGAGCAUUAAAGUAAAAGAUUGCGACAAUGGAGCCGCUGACGAAAGGCUCGCGUUGAUUGAUUGGCGGCACCCAACGGUGGCGUGGCUGGCUGACUACAAGAUUUUUCAGCCGGCGUUGCUGCCAAAGCUGCAGCUUGCUCGAAUGAAUGGAGGCAGAGUGUACGAAAGCAAAGAUGAAUACUUUGCGACGAUUGUGCAGUUAUGGAUCGGAAUGACGUUUUUGGAAGGCAACAACGCCUUGUUGCCACACUGCACGGUAAAGAUGGGGGACAAGGUGUGUGACCAACCGCUGUGGCCAUUAUCAGGCAAGAAUAAUGCUAUGAAUUGUAGAAACUCGCAUUGUGAUCGAUAUGCAACCUUCUUGUGUGCACACAGCCAGCACGUCAAAGGCUACUGCAGUAAGUGUGCUGGCGAGUACCAGCAGAGAUUGCGGGGACCACCGUCCAAACAUGCGUCGACACACAUUUAUGACGGGUUUAUUGCGCGGGUCAAAUAUGACGGCACCAUUUUGGUCGAGCAAGUGGCAUCACGACGACCGCCGUUGAGUCCGAUCCACUGGAAGACAACUAGGCGCUUAUCAAGUCCUAAUCUGGUAGGCAUUCUGAGACUUUCCAACCGUGAAGCAUCGUUGCGGAACUCGGACGAUAUUUUUUGGGGAGAGAUUGGUUUUCAAGGCAAAAGUUUCGACGAGUAUAAAGCUCGAGAGAAUGGAUGCUUGACGUUGCGUCUACUUCAGUACCUGGAGGAACCAGGAAAUGCCAUGCUGACACAUAAUCCGACUGCAGGAGAAGCAAUCGCGAUCAUUGAUUGCCAGACGUUUGUGCCGGAAUUUGUUCCAGUGUUGAAGGCGCUAGAGAAGCAACGCCAAAUGCCCAUGCCAUUCCAAGAUGGUGCGCUUCUUAAUUUGUGCGAGCAAGUGAACUUCCGCCACGAACACGUGACGGGCGUUGAUGACAACAGUGGUGAUGAAUGUAUCGAGUCUGGUGCGGGUAAAGCCUUACCUGACACAAGAGGAUUGAUUCGAGAAGUGAUCUGUGCAUCAAUACUCGACCCUAUCAUUGAUAUUCGUCGGGAUGAGGCACUACGAGGUCGUCUAGAAACCUCACUAGUUCAGCUGGUAAACAGUGCGACGCUCGACCCUGGUCAGCUGAAGAGCUUUGCCGAGGCUCUAACGUACCCCGUGCAUUGUACGCAAGGGCCACCUGGAACAGGGAAGUCAUACUUGGGUGUCGUUGUUGUCCGCGCGUUGCUAAUUGUCCGAGAUCUGUGGAAGUUAAAGAACGGCGAAGUCGGCGAUCCCCCGGUCCUGGUGUUGUCGUACAAGAACCACGCGAUUGACGAGUUCCUAUUGGAAUUGCUUCACUCCAAUCCUACUCUAAACCACGUCUCGACGAACACUGGCUUCAGAAACUAUUAUCGGGGUAGCGGUUUCAAAAAACUUGUGCGCAUUGGAGGAGGCUGCAGUGAGCCAGAGCUGGAGCAGUAUCGAGAGCGUAACGUUGCUUGUUCUGACCCGUGUGUGCAGGCUGUCUCGGAGCGCAUCGAAGAUUGCCAGGUAUUUCGCGAGACAUGGAUCAAGUUUCGUGACUGCUUCACUCCAAUUUUCGCGGCUCAUGCUACUCGUGUAGGCAGUGCUAAAUUGCUGAGCCCUGAGGAGCAAAAGGUUGUACAAAACGCUGUCCCUCCAGCAUCGUUGGCUGUAGCCACACUUUUGCAGGUGAACAAAAGCAUACACACAGUUGAUAAGACGAUCGACAAGACUGAGCGAGUAAAUAAUGAGAAUGGGGACGAGAUGAAGUACGACGUCGGAGAUAUUGUCGCGAGUCUUGAACAGCAAUGCCCCGUUGCUUCACCUUUCGAGCUGGCAAGAAGCAUACUUGAGAAAAAAGCGAUGCUGAAAAAUGAGGAUUUUGCGCGCUUGUACGAAGGUGUAAAGCACUACGAUCUUGACAUCAAUCCUCAGGAAGUAUUGUACCAGUGGAUUAUUGGCUUCCGCCCACGACCAGUGUGCAUGUACACUACUACACCAUGCUACCAAGUGUGCGCCAACAAAAGCCGCUUUUGUCAAGAGCAUUCUUGCAAGUUUACACGAGACGACGAACACUUUUGCAACGAGAUUGUGGCUUCAGAUAGAAUCUACUGCAACAAGCACUUGUGCUCAGCUGAUCAGUGUCAGAAUUGCAGAAUCUCCGAAACUCAAAAGUUUUGUGAUGACCACGCAUGCUUCGUGUGCUUAGUUCGAAGUGAGGUGGCAGACGUUGCGUUGGAAGAGCCGCCUCGGAAUUCGUGUGAGCGUCACCCACUUUGCUGGGGGCUGGACGGCAUGUGCCCUGAAGUGGCGGAGUCUAACAAUUCUUUCUGCAAAAUCCAUACCGAGGAUUUAUACUGCAAGUGGGUAACCAAAUCCGGCAAAACUUGUCGCGCUAUUGCGUCGGCAGGGCAGUAUUGUGGUACGCAUUACUCGGAAGCGACACGUAUGGCAGCUCGAACGGCUAAGACGAGCUCUGAAACUUGUCAGGCGCACACCAGAAAAGGCAAAGCAUGCAAAGGAAAGGCGUUGUCGGACUCGAGUUAUUGUCGAGAUCAUGUUGGCCGUACUAACCAGUUUACAUCAAAGGGAUCUGAACUACUAAAGCUUGAUGCGGAAGAUAGUCAAGACAUGAAUGAUGCGAAGCGGUACGAUGAGGCUGUUUCGGCUUGGAAGACUGUAAAAUUCGGCGAACACUCGGCAACGACACCAAUUGAAAACGACCAGGUGUCACAGUCUUCUAAGAUUGAAGAGCCGACCGUGAAAAUUGCUGGAGCUGGCGAAAUGGAAGUAGAGGAGCUUUACAGCUCAGGAAGUGAUGUGGAGGAUUUUGUAGACGCUAUGCAAUAUGACAAUAAGGACGAGGUAGAAGAGUCGGAGCAUCUGCGACAUCUGAGAGAUGUUCCAGAGGUCCCGAAUGAUAAAGGAGAGGACGCUGUACAGUAUGACAAUGGAGAUGAGGUUGAAGAGUCGGAGCAUCUACAACAUCUGAGAGAUGUUUUAGAGGUCAAGGACGAUGAAGAAGAAGACGCCAUUUCAAUUGUUGAAGAGAUUGAAGAAAAGACUACUUGGGUUGUGUCAGAGCAGCAAUUGCUUCUCCCUAGCGAAUGGCACUGGGAUAUGGAGUUGGAAGAACGAUGGAACGCACUUUACUCGGUGUUGGCUUUAUGGGGCCCUCUGAACGGGUGCGUGCAAGAUGCUGUUACAAAAGAACUCAAUGGUUUGAAAGUUGAGUUGCACCGUGAAAUUCUUCGGGCAAACUCGCGCGUGUACGAAGGCAAAGCUGUAAUUGGGGGUACAAUCACCGGCUGCGUGUCAAGAUUGGAGGCGAUCCGGACCACCAAUCCUUUUGCCAUACUAGUAGAGGAGGCUUCAGAAGUCAUGGAACCGCUGCUUGUUUCGUGUUUCGGCACGUCAACACGAAAACUAGAGAUGAUCGGCGACCAUAUGCAACUGCAGCCGUCAGUAAUGGGUCGGAUCGACUUCGAGCGAGUCAACAAAAUCACCAUCUCGAUGUUUGAGCGAUUAAUCAGUGCCCCGCCGAGCAACAAAGUCCCAUCUUCGGUAUUGUCGAUCCAGCGUCGAAUGCGCAAAAAUAUCUGCGAUCUCACUCGGAACUUUUACAGAGAGAUCACGGUGAUUGAAGACCAUGAAGUCUGUGGAAAGAAAGUGAUUGGAAGUCAGGUAAAUAAGAGUCCUUCUCUCCUCGAUGCGUGUGAAGGAGGAGGACGUGAGGUUCCAGGAGUGUCACCGCACAUUUACUUCUGGACCCAUUCUGGUGCUCAAAGGCGAGCAUCAGUCGGUUUGUCUCGAGUAAACCAGCAGGAAGCAAAUAUGACGUGCAAGCUGGUGCAUUAUUUAGUGCAUUGUGGUGUAUCUCCUAAAUCUAUCGCUGUGCUGACUCCGUACAAAGGACAACUGAUGCUCAUGAGGAAUAUGCUCAUGAAUAAUUAUCGACUUCGAAUGAUGCCUGCCGGACGCGACGCACGGCCAAUUCCAUCCUGUGUUGUAUCGACUGUAGACCGUUUCCAAGGCGACGAGGCUGAUAUUGUCAUUAUAUCUCUUGUGAUUGAUGGCAAGUCUCGCACUCCUUUUGUAAAGCUUCAGAAUCGUAUGAUUGUACUGCUGAGUCGUGCACGGCUGGGCAUGUAUGUCGUAGGUAAUGUCGACUACUUUGAUGAAACGACACAUUGGCAAAAGACAUUGGGGCUUCUACGAAAAGAUGCAGGAUCUGAUAAUGUUCCGCCAACCGAGUGUACGAUGUACAUCGGAUCUCGCAUCGGCAGCUCGCUACCAAUUUGCUGCCCUCAGCAUCGAACAUCGGUGGCUUUUGCAGCAAAUGAGCGGGACCUUAAGCUCGGGUUUUGCUUGGUGGUUUGUUCAAUAAAACUAUCGUGCUCUCACCGUUGCGGGCUAAAGUGUCACUGGCCGAAAGUGAACGAUCACAAUAGCAAGUGUCAUGUCGAGGUGGAGUCGCCAUGUAGCCUUCAUCCACGCAUUGUCGUGGGCUCCGUGAUAACAGCUUUCGCUCGAGGCAAGUCCAUCGACGAAGCAUUACCGAAGUUCCAAUGCGACAUUCAAGUGGAGGUAAGCUUACCCUGCGGCCACAUUUAUAAGAUGAGCUGUUACAUGCACCAAAACAUCGUAGCAGGACAAGCACCGUGGCCUGUUUGCAGUAAAGCAGCAAUUGCGCCGUAUGUUUACCCGGUAUGCAAACAUAUUCUGGAGUGCACAUGCAGCGAGUUUGAUCGUUAUUCGAAAGGAAAAGCACCGCCGUGCACUGAGCUGGUCAAGUUUGCACCACCAUGUCAGCACACAGUGCAACUGUCAUGUCAUGAUCGACAAGACUACGCCGAUGGAGUGCGUCCGUUUGUAUGCAAGGAGAAAGUUCAAGUAUCAUUGCCACGGUGUCGCCACAAGUUGGUUGUGCCUUGCUCGACAGCCGAGACGCUAAACCAGUGGACCGGCAAGUCGUGCUUGACACUUAACUGCGUCCAAGAAGGCGAAGAGUAUGGCUCAAAAGACUAUUUUUGCAAGCAAAAGGUGACGUUUCAACGCCGCUGUGGCCACUCUGAAUUGGUUAGGUGCGAGCGUGCGUUUGAGCUCGUACAAAUUCCUUCUUGCUGCCGGGAGCCUAUUGUGGUAGCAAAUCCGGAGUGCGGUCACGAACUUUCAACCACUUGCUCUGAGGAAAAGAGCUUUCGAGUGAAAAUUGCUCAAAACUUCGCAGCAACAGGAGACGUUUCUCCGCUCGAAACUGUGCAUGAAGGUGACUCCAGCAAUUUUCGCAGCUACGGGCUGAAUUUCCAGUGCAGUCAUGAGACAUUGUAUGUCCGUCUCUGCGGCCAUGAGAAAACUAUGAAGUGCAGCGAGGCGCGGCACAACACGAGACGGUGCGACGAAUUGGUGACAGCGAAGUUACCAACUUGUGGGCACCUAGUGAAGUUAAUGUGUCAUUUGAUGAAAUAUCUGAGUGCGUGGCAGCCGUGGGAGGCACAAACACCACUUGUCAAACAGUUACACGAUGAAAGCAUUGUUAACGAUACACUCUCAGCUCCAGGGGCACGCCCGGUAGCACUAAAAACCGUUUUGAAGGAUUGUGAAGCCGCUGUGCGCUUUCGUCGGACCACCGCAUGCGGCCACGAUAUUGAGAUGAAAUGCUGCGAUGCAUUAAAAAUUGUGAGUGGAAAUCAAUCCCCUUCUCCGUGUCGUGUGCACGUUACGCGAGCGAUGAAGUGCGGGCACGAAGUCCUGAUCAAGUGCUCUGAUGAUGUGAACAAUGUCAACUGUCAAGAGUCUGUCGAAAAAUCUUGCUGGAAUUAUGACAGUUGUGGUAGUAAGGUCAUGGUGCCUUGCAAAGCGUUCGCAACUACUGUUCGAUGCACGGCUCAGACGGAAUGGAUUUGCUCUAAAGGGCAUUCUUUUCUGCUACAAUUGUGUUGCAAAGGGACUCCGUCCGAUUGCCCGCUUUGUUCAUCAAUGCUGUUGGAGAGUGCGAUUCAAGAUACGCAGCGAAUGCUGAGCAACAAAACUUGGUCACCAACAACCACUCAGUUCUUGCCACAUGUGGGCGGUGUGACUUAUAUUGAAAUGAGCCCUGCAAGUAAACACGACUUUCUAGUUCGGAAAAUCAAACUGCUUAGAAGGUUCAAGGAAGGCUUAAGUGAUAGUUCUGUGUGGACGAAUCCCCUCUUUUCUCCAGUGGAAUUUCCAGUGUUUGCAGUGUUAGGCCGCAAAUUGCAAGCACUUCGUAUCGACAAAUUCGAGAUGAAAGACUUUGGAAGUAUGAACACGUUCAGUGGGAUUGAAGUUUACGAAGCAACCAAGACAAAUUUUGAGCGAAUUUUAAGGAGCGGGAAUCGCUGCUUGUUAUUUGGCAGCGUUUACACGGUCAAAAGUUUGAGGAACACUUCAGACAUUCCCAAGAAAAAUAAUAGAAAAGGCGGUAGCGUUGCAAAAUGGGCGGCUAGACAGUCGACGCAGGGGUUUGACGCGUUAUGUCAGGACACGAGGGGUUGGAUUAUAUGGAAGCCUUACGCCUUAUAUCCGGUGUGUCGGGUGGAUAUAUGUGACAGCAAUCGGGUCAGCAUCUUGAACUCUUUGCCUACAGAAAGCCAACCGGUUGAGUCGAAUCGUAAGAUAAGCUUUAGAAAGGCCUCGGAAGGAGAGGAAGUGGAGGAAUGUAAACCUGAUGAUACCAUGCAGAGGCCUUCGGUCAUAUCCGAACUUGAACUUGAGAAGAUACGAUUGUUAGCAAGUUCAAUAAGUCCAUUGUACGAACAGCUGGACAUUUGGUAUCCCUGGAACGGUAAAUCGUUGUCAACAGGAGCGGCCGUCGCGAUUCCCGCACAAACGGAGAAGACCCUUGCUUCCAAGCUGAAUUUCAUCCCAAGACCUUUUUGUGAUACGACGGGGAACCGAUUGAAGAUCCCGUUUGGUGGGAUAAAGUACGUGGAAACAUUAAUGAGCAACGGGAAACUCAAAGAAUACGGGAAUUUGUUUCUAGCGUUGGAGCAUCUUGCCGUACGGAAGCAGGACACGUUGGAAGUACGUUCGAAACUGGAACAGUAUGUGAACCAGGUUUGUAUCGAGGAAGAGUGCUACGCGCACCCCCUCGUCGUUGUUGCCAUCGCACGACUCGCAUCCCGCUUGAGUCAAUCCGAUUCAUCGGAUGUUCAGCGAAGACUCCUUCAUAUUUUUGCGUCGCUGUAUCCUGAAGCAAGCGAGUUAUGGCUAGAUGAAUCCGAGAUUCGGCUGGCACAGACCACCAGUGGACAAUUCGGUUCAGUUGACUCUAUUAAGUCUGGCUCUCUGACAUCGGUGGAUGAAAGAUGGGAGACUCUGAAGAGUCAGUACGGAUGUCGCUCGGACGCAAUGGAGGAGCUACUCAAAAUGGUGGGGCUGAAGAAGGUUAAACAAGCAGCAGUUAAUCUCUUCAAGAAUGCGAUGACACUGCAGCAGUUGUCCUCGGCCCAGCGAAAGAAAAAUGUAAUGUCCUUUAACUAUUGCUUUGUAGGUAACCCUGGCACGGGCAAAACCACAGUCGCGCGUCUGUUUGCUAAUGUCCUGAAAGACUCGAAGAUACGGCGGACUAAUACCUUCGUUGAGUGUACUGCUCAGAAGGUGAAGGACGACGGGGCGGCUGAGUUUCGACUAAAAUUGCAGCAGGCGUCUGGUGGUGUUGUAUUUAUCGAUGAAGCGUACGAGUUGGACCCCGCUGGUGAUUUCAAGGGUAAACCAAUUGUGGCAGAGUUGUUGACGGCAGCCGAAGACAAGCGGGGAGACCUCUCGAUUAUCCUCGCUGGCUAUGAAGAUGACAUUCAGAAGAAGCUUUAUGCAUACAACGAUGGUCUGCCCUCACGUUUUCAAGAAGUUGUAUUUGAGGACUUUGACGCGCAAGAGUUAGAGGUCGUGUGGGAUGGACUGGCGAAAGACCGUGGGUGGGAAUACGAGGAGGCAACUGUAAAAGUGGCGUGCCGUCGCCUGGCCAAAGCGAAAGGUCAUAAGGGGUUUGGUAACGCGCGUGCUGUACGCAAGCUAUUUGAGCAAGCUAUGAAGGAGGCUAUGGCUCGGGAGGAUUUUGAUGGUGAUCUCAAAUUCGAUACAGUGGACUUGCUCGGAGACCGCCCUUCAACAAACACAAAGCUUCAGGAUGUGCUAAACGAAGUUAACGAAAGGACUGGAUGGCACAAGGUUAAAGAAGAAUUGAGAAAGCUUGUUCAAAUCAGUGACACGAACUAUGAGCGCGAGCUGAAGGGUUUGGAAACCAUUCCUGUGAGCUUAAAUCGACUGUUUUUAGGGAAUCCUGGAACAGGCAAGACUACAUGUGCCGAGUACUUCGGGCGGGUGCUUAAGGCACUUCAUUUCUUGAGCAAUGGCGCAGUCGUGAAAAAGGCGGCGGGAGAUUUCAUUGGCAGCCAUGUCGGUGAAUCACAAACAAAGACAGCGCAGAUCCUGGACAUGGCAAAGGGUAAAGUUCUCGUUAUUGAUGAAGCGUACAACUUAAAUGACAACAAGUUUGGCAAGCAAGUGCUGGAUGUUCUAGUGGAGAAGGUUCAGGGUACGGAAUGUGAUGACUUAGCUGUUCUGCUGAUAGGAUACGAGCGGAAAAUGCUCGAAAUGCUGCGCACGCAGAAUCCAGGACUAAGGCGGCGGUUUCCGCCUGAGCAUGCCUUCCAUUUUGAGGAUUACACGGAGCACGAACUACUUGAUAUUUUGGAAUUCAAUUGUGCUAAACGAAGUGUGACGUGUUCGUAUGAAGUGGCUGAUGCAAUGCUCAAGCAAUUGGCGCUGCAAAGGACUCAACCAAAUUUUGGAAACGCUGGCGCUGUGGAGCAGCUGCUGAAACAGGCGUUAGGCAGAGCAAUGAAUCGUCCGAUGGUACACGACAAGACCUUAUUAACGCUGGAGGAUGUGGGUGUCAAAGUAGAAUCGAGCGAGCAAGAUGAUCCAUUGAACGUGCUCAAUGCGUUGUAUCGUAUGGAUAAUAUUAAGGAGCAGUUAACCCAGCUAAAAAAUGAAAUAAUCGUCGCGGACCACGAAGGAUCAGGACUCCCAGAAGUCGGUCACUUUGUCUUCCGUGGGUCGCCGGGAACAGGUAAAACUACUGUCGCUCGCGCGAUGGCAAAGAUUCUGCAUGGAUUGGGGGUACUGGCAACGACGAAAAUGGUAGAAACUUCUGGGCUUGACCUCACCGCUGAGUACGUUGGUCAAACGAAGCAGAAAGUCACUGCGAAACUUGGUGAAGCGAAGGGUGGACUGCUGUUCAUUGAUGAGGCCUACGAAUUGGGAAAGGGGACUUUUGCUGAGGAAGCGAUGACCACACUCGUGGCUGCCAUGACGGACCCUUCGUACGUGGGUAUGGUGAUUAUCAUUGCCGGCUACUCAAAGGAUAUGGAUCAAAUGCUAAGUCGAAAUGUUGGCCUGAAGAGCCGUUUCAGGCGCUUUGUUGACUUUUCAGAUUGGGAAGCGGAGGAUGCAGUUGAAUUCUUGACUGCAAAGGCAGAGGCUGAGAAUUUUGAGGUGGAAGAUGAUGCCGUGGUAUGGCUACAGAAAACGUUUGAGGAACUAAAGAAGCUGAGUAACUUUGGCAAUGGCCGAGACGCCAUGGCCAUGUGGAAAGAGAUUCUCCAACAUCGUGCACAGAGAGUGGUAAAAGAGCCUGAAGAAGAGCGAACCAUCACAAGUUGUGACGUCGAAAAGGCAAGUGAAGCUAUGAUGGUUGCUCGUCGAGGCUGUGCCGUGCCUCACAAAGGAACUGCGGCCAUGAAAGAUCCGAUGAAGCUGCUCGAUGGUUUGUAUCGUAUGAGCAAGAUCGAAGACCAACUUCUACGCCUACAGAAGCAGAUAGCCGUUGCUGAUCGUGAAGGUUCAGCACGUCCUGAGAUCGGCCAUUUCGUUUUUCGAGGCUCUCCAGGUACUGGGAAAACGACCGUAGCUCGUGUAAUGGCUCAAAUACUCCAUGCUAUGAGUGCAUUGUGUACAACAAAGCUUGUUGAAACGUCGGGGUUGGAACUUACGGGGGAAUACGUCGGCCAAACAAAGACCAAAGUGACGGAGAAACUUGUCGAAGCAAAGGGUGGGCUGCUAUUUAUUGAUGAGGCGUACGAGCUGGGCAAAGGAAAAUAUGGAGAAGAGGCUAUGACGAUGCUGGUGGCUGCCAUGACAGACCCGUCGUAUGCUGGUAUGGUAAUUGUGAUUGCAGGAUACCCAAAAGACAUGGAUAUCAUGCUAGAUCGCAACGCCGGUCUCAAAAGCCGAUUCAAACGAUUUAUCGACUUUCCAGACUGGGAAGCUGAAGACGGAGUCUCGUUUUUACGAAUGAAGGCGUUGAAAGAGGGUAUCAUGCUGGAGCCUGGCGCCGCGUUAGUGAUGCAGCGCAUGUUUGUCAAGCUAAAGAAGUUGCCCGGCUUUGGUAAUGGACGCGAUGCUGUUGGAAUAUGGGAGGAGCUUAAGCAGUGCCGGGCCCAAAGAGUGUUUAAUUCGCCUGAAGACGUGCGCACGAUCACCGCCGUGGACGCGGCUUUAGCAGGCGAGAGCAUCCUGGCAGCUCGUCGUCCACCUGAUGGGUCGAUACUUUCACAGUCGUCUAUUUCUGGCCCCGAUGAUGGACUGGGUAGACCCAGAGAGCAGGAGGCAGAGAUAGUCGAGUCGUUAUGUGAGCAAUUUGGAGAGCAAGAGUCUGAAACACGAUUGCAGGAAGCAGAGGCUGAAGAGACUGAAGUAUCUGAAGGUGACCUGCAGGUCGUGGAGGUGGAAGCUGAACAGGACGAAGAACCAAGUACAGACGAGGAUAUUGCAAAUGAGGAGCGAGACGACGGAGUGCCGGACGAAGAUUGGGAAGAGCUACAGCGCGCAAAGCAGGACUAUGCUGCUCAUUUGGAUGCCCUCAGACGAGCCCGUGAUCAAGCAAAGAUUGAGGAAGAGAAACGCAAAGCCGAAGCGAUUCAAGAAAAAAUCCGCCAAAUCUGUCUGUGCCCCGCUGGUUACACUUGGUACAAGUGCGGUGGCGGAUUGAGCCGAUGGGUUUCAAAAAGUCUGCAGUGGCUCUGUAAAGGUAGAUGGAUCUCCUUAUCCGAUAAAGUAUGGCAUAAAAGUGACCUGUGCCGAACAACUACAGCAUAG